AUGAAUGAUAUUCAUAAUCAAUAUAUAUCAUUAGCAAUAUCUAUAAAAGCAAAAGAAAUAAAUGAUUCUAAAGCAUUAAAACAAUGUAAAAUUCUAAUAGAUCACUGUGAAGAUCUAAUUUAUGAUUUAGAUAUUGGUAGCAGCAAUCCUAAUAAUAUAGAUAGUUUGAAAACAUUGUUAUUUCAAUUGAAUUGUCAGCUUUUGGAGUGUCAUUAUAACUCGGAAGUGAAAAUAACAAAGUUUAGUAUAAAUCUAUUAGCAACUAUUAAUCAGACAUAUAAAACAAUAAAGAAACAACAAAAUAGUAGUAGUAAUAAUAACAAUACCAGCAAUAUCAAUAAUAAUGUAAACUAUUUAUAUAAUUUUUCGAAUUAUCUAUCUUUUUUAUAUCAAAAAGAUGAAUCUUGUACAAUCAAUGAUAGAGAUAUGAAUGGAUUCAAUUUCUUGAAGGAGGCAGCCGAGCAAGCAUCGAUUUGGCAUCAAAACGAACAAUCAUUGUAUUCUGCCCAUUGUCUAUGUGACUCUUUCUAUUCAUUGGCUGAACAAUACCUUGAAAGUGCACAUGAGUUUUCAAUGUCAAUUGAUAUUUUAAACAAAGUAAAUAUAAUAUUGGAAGAGUUUAAAAUAAAUGUUGAAUUCUAUAAGGAUCGAUAUGAUUUAUUGAUUCAAUCGUAUUGUGGAUUGACAGAGUAUGACAAUGCCAAGCAAUUGUUGUAUCGAUUGGCAGAGCGAGGUAAUUUGGAGGAUCAAUCAGUAGAUCAGCUGAUUGACAAGUAUGACCACCAAUUGGAUCAAAGACAGUUGUUAAAAGCCGAAAGAGAAACUCUGGAAUACUCUUUAGCGUCACAGUCAGAUUCUUUGAAGAGAAUCGAAAUUCAAAUCGAUAUUCUAGAUAUCUUGGAUAGAGAAACCAUUUAUUACGAUAUGAAACUUCAUUGGUUUUCUUUGGUAUUUAAGGAGAUUCAACAACUAAACUAUCUACGUGGUGAAAUCAACUUUAAUCAUUUAUUUCAAUUAUUUUCAGAUUUAUUUAAAAUGAUUAUGAAUGAAAAUCAAAUAUUAAAGGAUAGAAUAUAUCCAAAACUAAUUGAUUUAUGUAAUUUAUAUACAACUAUCAAUAAUCAACCAAAUGAAUAUAUUAUUGAAACAUUUAUAGCAUUAAGUCUUUUAGUAAAAGAUAAAAAUGAGAUUAUAGAUUAUAUAAAUCAAGCAAAACUAAGGUUAAGAAAGGAAAAGGAAGAUUCUCGUGCUAUUCUGAUACUUCACAUUCAGUGUUAUGAUAGAAUCAUAGAUCUGUAUAGUAAUGACAAUUCAAAGGAGAAAGAGAUUCAACAAUACCGAUUAAAGAAAAGGAAGAAGCAGAGACUGUUGGAUCAGCUUGAAGUUAGUAGUAUCGAGGAGAAGACUUCGUCAUUGGAUAUUAUAGACACGCCAUUCUCUGAAGAGCCAACAUUGCCACAACCACAGCAGACUAUAUCAAAGUUGGAUAAGAAGAGUAAUUUAGCCAAUCUGGUGCGGAGGAGGCAAGAGUCGAGACGAGCACAAUCAGCGUUGUUGGAGGAGGAUUCUCUUGGAGAGGAUGCAGCGAAACUGGCAAGACAGGCGGUGUCCAACAGAGAGAUAACUAGGAGAAACAAUGUUGAAUUUUCGAGCAAAUGGGAAGAUACACUCGAUGAGAAUGGCCAAGAAACUGUCAUCAAUAAGAAAACAGGAAAGUCAGAAACUCACAGACAUUUAAAUCAAGAUUAUGUGGAAUCUGACGAGUAUAACCCAGAGGAAUAUGAUGAAAACGGUGAAAAGUUACCUUGUUAUACCGAUGAUGGAUUUGUAGUUCCCGACAGCGAGGAUGAAAACUAUUUUGAUGGUUCGACAAUAAACAAACGAAAGAAAUCCAAGCAGAAAAAUGGGACCAUUCAAAAGAAACAUAAACCUUAUUGCAUCAAUUUAAUUGAAGACAACCAUGAAGAAGAAGUAAAAGUUACAUCUACAGGUAAAUCCUUAACAUUUUAUGAUACAGAACCUCCAACUCAAUUGAUUUCAAUCUAUCAAAAAUAUUUAGAUGUAGUUAAAUCAAAUGGCAACAAAGAGAACAAGAAACUACUAGAGACAUUUAAAUCAUUUGAAAAUAUCACCAACACAUUUAUUACAUUUGGAUCAUAUGCUCUUAGAGAUAAAGAUAGUAGUGAUGCAUUUGAUACAUUAACACUUUCAAAUUCGGUUCAUGAUUUAGAUUUUACUGAAAAUCAAAUAGGUAAAAAAUCUAUUUUAUCUUUAUCAAGUUUUUUAAGGCGUCACAGUUCUUGGUUAACUAAUUUAAAUCUUUCACGAUGUCAAAUAACAACCAAUCUAUUUUCGGAAUUGUAUGGUUUUGAGUUGACAAGUUUAAAGAAAUUAUAUUUAAACAAUAAUAUUUUAUUUGAUCUUAAAUCCUUUGUAAAAUGUCCAAAUUUAAAAGUAAUAAGUUUAGUUGAUUGCCAUCUUACAGAUAAAUCACUUCAUUCAAUUUUAAAGUCGAUCGGGUCAAGUCCUUUAAAGAAAAUAGAUAUCAGUUCAAAUCAACUUCUCACGACAAACGGGAUUAAGUACAUGUUGACCAUUCAAUUAAUUUCAACAUUAUCGCAUUUGACAGUUCGCAAGAUGAGUCAUGUAAUUAGACCAUUGAUUCCGAUUAUUCGGAAAUGUAUUGUACUCAAACAUCUGGAUAUUGGAGACAAUCAAUUCGAUAAAGAUGGAUAUACCGAGUUUAUUAAUCUCGUUGGUCCGAUUGGUGCCAGUUUAGAAAGUAGUUUUGGUGAUGAAGUUCACACAUUACUACUGGAUGACAUCAAAUUCCCAGCGGAGUGUUCUUUCAAUUGGCUAAGUAGGUUGAUGAAGUUACAAAAGUUGGAUCUUUCAAUGAAUGAUAUGGGAUCAAAGUUAAGUGCACUCUCGACAACACUGACCAUCUGUCUAAAGCUAACAACUAUCAGAAUGUCGAGAUCUCAACUCUCGAAGCUUGGUGUUGUCACUCUCCUCUACCGACUACCGUCACAAGUGGAGAAUGUAAAUUUUUCAUUCAAUGAAACGAGCCAACCUGGAAUCUACCAAAGUAAAUACCAAGCUUUCAAUCUUCCAAACUUGAAGUCACUGGAGUUGAAAGGUUGUGGAUUCACCAAACAAGAUCCGCUCAUUGAACAACUCAUCAAACUACAACAACAAAACGAAAAGAACGAUUUGCAAAUAGAUAUUUUAAGUUUAUUACAAUAA